GGCUGCUUAAUAGCUCUCAUUUCAGAAUCGCAGGGACGUUGUGUUAUCCGAGGGAGACCAGUGGGCCAAGGGCCUGGCGUAUAUUCAGCGAUUACUUAAUACGGAAUCUAUUUCAUCUUUUAAAAAGGGACUGACAAACUCUUCAGUUGAACCGACCGACUUGUAUAAGAAGAGUUUCUAUAACUUUUCCAUGCCAAAAAUCAGCAUGAAAAAUGCGAAUUUCAGUGUUGAUGACCUACAAAAAAAAGUGAAUGUUCCAGCACCGAAGAAGCCCGUAGCCAGCUGCCGCGGAAACAGCUUCGAGUCCUGGAAACGCAAGAAACGACACGAACACAACAUCAUCAUCGAGAACAGCGUCGACGAAGACAAGAUGCCAAUCUGGAGGGCCAAGGACCAAGCCGACUCUUACAUGGCUGCCACGGAAACUGAAAACCUUAUCCUAAAAGCCAAAGACGCCGUUAAACCGAACGAUAAAUACGCAGACGAAAGAAGCGCAAGGAACAGCUUCAAAACGCAAUCAACAAAAUACAAUAGGAUGCUGAAAAAUGAUAACAAUAUGGCGAAUAUUAAUAAUAAGCAGUUUACGUUGUAUGAGAUUGGGGAUCCGGAGUUCUGGCACAACGUCAACGUGCAACUGUUCGAGAAGGAGAGCGACAGCAGCGGCAAGACUGUGUGGAAUGAUCUCACCAUGGGGAAUAUCGCCAGCGUGGGCCCGCAGAGCCCGCAGUACGAGGGCCCCGGGCUGGCGGCGCAGUACCGCUCGCUGGACUGGCUGGACCGCGCCCAGUUCUCGCUGCCCAACCAGCCUCUCUGCUUGCUGGUGGCCGAGGGCGAUCCCUUCGACGAACGAGUUGACAGUGAAGGGUCCCUAUUGGUGCAGUGCGCUGCGUUGUGUCGCGUCAUCGUCCACGCAAAAGGAAUGGUCAUUAAAAAUAUGGCAGCGACGCAUUAA